AUGUACGUAGAGUUGAUUAUCCUGGUCGUGUCCCUCCUAAUCCUCUGCUCGAUCGCCGUCUGGAGAAAGAUCACCUUCUGGUCCCGCCAAAAUGUCCCCUUCAUCAAGCCACGAUUCCCUGCCGGAAACUUCCACGAAGCUGACCAACUAUCCGUCGCUGAUAUCUCUGUCAAGCAGUACAACGCGAUGAAGGAUCGAGGUCGAUUCGUCGGGCUUUACUUCUAUCUUCAACCCCUGCUGAUGAUCACCGAUCUUGACCUGAUCAAGACCAUGCUGAUCAAGGACUUUAACUCCUUUCCGAGUCGUGGCGUGUACUACAACGCGAGGGAUGAUCCGCUGAGUGCGCACAUAUUCAGCAUCGAGGGGGAAAAGUGGCGAUCACUGCGAACGCGACUCUCACCAACGUUCACUUCUGGGAAGCUGAAGAUCAUGUUUCCUACCUUGAAGGCGGUUGGAGAUAGUUUUGGGGAAUAUCUUAUGAAAAUUGCCGGAGUUGGUAGUGAAAUUGGUGUUAAGGAUGCUUUUGCAAGAUUCACAACCGAUGUGAUCGGAAGCUGCGCCUUUGGAAUCGAGUGCAACUCGUUUGAGGAGCCCAACAACGAGUUCAGAGAGUUUGGACACAAGAUCGUCAACGAGCAGCGGCAUGCUGGAACGAUGCGGAUAUUUUGGAAACUUUUUCCCGAGCUCGGGAACCUGCUUCGAGUGAAAACGUUGGAUUCGAACGCGACGCGUUUCUUCCACAAGCUUGUGGCCGAAACGAUCGAUUACCGCCAGAAGAACUCGAUCAACCGAAAGGACUUUAUGAGCAGCCUGAUCGAGUUUAAGAACAAGGGUGAACUUACGCUGGACGAGGUCGCGGCGCAGUCGCUGGUGUUUUUCGUGGCGGGAUUUGAGACGUCCUCGGCGAAUCAAACUUAUUGUCUUUAUGAAUUGGCACGAAAUGCGGAAUGCCAGGAGAAGGCUCGGGAGAGUGUCCUGAAGGCGAUUGAGAUUCAUGGUGGACUGACCUAUGAAGCGGUCAACGAUAUGCAGUACUUGGAUCAGUGUAUUAACGAAACCCUCCGCCUGUACCCCGCUGUACCGGUUCUGGAGCGGAAAUCCUCCCAAAGCUACAAAAUACCCGACACCGAUGUGACCAUACCGAAAGGUAUGAAGAUCCACAUCCCGGUGUUUGCGAUUCAUCGAGACGAACAACUCUAUCCGGAACCGCUGAAGUUCAACCCGGAUCGAUUCCUGCCGGAAGAAGCCGCCAAACGGCACCCGAACUCAUUCUUGACCCUCGGAGAUGGUCCUCGGGCUUGCAUUGGCUUCCGAUUUGCCAUUCUGCAAUCCAAGGUGGGCCUGGCAACGGUGUUGAGCAAGUUCCGGAUCAGUACGAGUGCGAAAACGGCGGUCCCACUGGAAUAUACGCACAAAUCACCAUUUCUACAGCCGAAAAAUGAGUUGGUACUAAAAAUCGAACCAUUGUAAGAAUAAAUCGAUUGAAGUCAAUUUAAAUUUAAUCUUAAUCAAAGCAAGCGCGCAUGCUCGCGAUUGCUCGAUCAAGCUGCGAUCACCAACUGAGCAUGGCAUGCUUCGUUCUACAAUUGCUUAUCUUUUGGUGUGCAUUACCCACCAAAUUGAAGUAUGACGUUGCGGUUGAUUCCAAAACAAGUACUGAGCUAAUGAUAAAAAUCCUUACACAGCUUUAAAUAUUAAACGUAUCUAAUUUUUGAAACCACGUUUCGUGAGCGUUAUUCGCCGAAAGGUGGUAAUGUUUGAG